UUUGCGAUUCUGGUUACGUAGAAAUAUUUGCGAGAGGAAAUAUCGUUUGGAAGUCUUUCCGAGAGAGGCGCUUCUUUCGUUCAUUUCUGGUACGGAGUUAAAAUCCCCCAAGAAUACGUUUAAACGACCUACGAUCAGUUGCACGCUGUCCACUGACAGUAGCGGUUGAUCUCGUUUCGUCGCGGAGUUAUUUGCCAUGCUCUGGAAAAAUAAAGUCCAUUAUUUAUGCGAUCACGAAUUUGUUUACCGUGAUAAACCGCCUAUGGUCAGUGGUAGUAAAAUUUGCGAUAACACGAAUCAACGGGUAAUUAUCGCGGAUAAAAUAUCUGGUGCAAUAAUUAUUACCACUGCGGUCCAACGUUGCGAAAAAAAACAUUGAUAAUAAGAAAAGGAGAAUUUGUUUUUCAACAACGGUUGUUUUAUUUAUGUGCUCGUGUGUUAUUUAUUAGCGAAUAAUUAAAUUAAAUAAACUAUUGGGAUAAGACCCAAAUGAGUAUAAUCGCAAGUGUUCACUCGAAAGGAAUAAGAUAAAGGAAUAAGUUUGAAAUCGCGCUGGCGCGAAGCAACGUGACUCUAAAUUGUUUAAAACAAAAAGUAAACUAGAAAAUUUCACGUGCCAAUUGUUAUUUUGAAGUAAUUUUUGUUCAUCUGGUUUUUAUUUUUUCAAUGAAAUUUUUUUCCCAGAUUUAUUUGUAAUUAGUGAAAAUUCAUGCCAGUGGGGAUAUACCAGACGUUGGUGAUAGAAGAAGUUUUGUUUUCUUCGGUUUUUAAUUUUAUCAACUUUUAAUUAAUUACGUGCGACAGUGAAGAGAGACGAUUGAAUAAAAUUUCGCACACACUGGCGCCACAAAUGAUUUUUACGGGGAGGUCGGUGGACGCCCUGGACGAUGUAGUCCGGGGUGAAGUGGACCAUAAUGAUCUUCAUCAGGAUCAACGUAGAGACGUUAGCGCUGUCGCGAUAGCCUCCGGUUGGUUUUCAAGUUUGAGAAGACCCGGGAAAAAAAAUAAAAAAGGACAAAACGGAAAACAGAAGCAGGCCAAAAGCGCUUGGGAUCUCACCACACUGACAAUGCAACUUAAAGAUGAGUUGGGUGAAGUUGUCGCUGAAAUGGAAGCAAUGGAGGGCGGUGGUCUGGCGUCGGACGAGACGAAACCAUCGAAUAAAACUAAGCAAACGACCAUCGGUAGAAAAAAAUUCAAUAUGGAUCCAAAAAAAGGGAUAGAAUAUCUUAUAGAACACAAUCUAUUGGCAUCGACACCGGAAGAUGUUGCUCAAUUUUUGCACAAAGGCGAAGGAUUGAACAAAACUGCGAUAGGCGAUUACCUCGGAGAGCGACAUGAUUUCAACGAAAGAGUGCUAAAAGCUUUCGUCGAACUUCAUGAUUUUACGGAUCUGAUAUUGGUGCAAGCAUUGAGACAAUUUUUAUGGUCGUUUAGACUGCCCGGCGAAGCGCAAAAAAUUGAUCGAAUGAUGGAAUGCUUCGCUCAAAGAUACUGUCAACUUAAUCCAAAUAUUUUUACAAAUACCGACACGUGUUAUGUACUCAGUUUUGCUAUCAUUAUGCUGAAUACCUCUCUGCACAAUCCUAGUGUCAAGGAUAAGCCUAGUACGGAACAAUUCAUUUCCAUGAACAGAGGAAUUAAUAACGGCGGUGAUCUUCCCAGGGAACUUUUGGUGAGUUUGUACGAGAGCAUAAAAACCGAACCUUUUAAAAUUCCUGAGGACGAUGGAAACGACCUCAUGCACACGUUCUUCAACCCGGAUAAAGAAGGAUGGCUUUGGAAACAAGCAGGUGGAAGGUACAAAAGUUGGAAGCGACGUUGGUUCAUUUUAAACGACAAUUGCUUGUACUAUUUUGAAUAUACAACGGACAAAGAACCACGAGGAAUUAUACCGCUUGAAAAUAUUCAAGUUAGGGAAGUACAAGAUCGGCACAAGCCUCAUUGCUUCGAAUUGUAUGCAGCUGGGUCAGAAUUUAUCAAAGCUUGUAAAACGGACAGCGAAGGAAAAGUCGUAGAAGGGAAACACACGGUAUACAGGAUGUCUGCCGCGACGGAUGAGGAGAAAGAUGAAUGGAUAAAAUGCGUCCGGCAAAGUAUAUCACACAAUCCUUUCUACGAUAUGUUAGCUGCUCGGAAGAAAAAGGCGCAGAAAACAAACGUCCACUCUAAGAGUUAAGCGUAUUUGAUAGAAAAAACUGAGUUGACUUUUGGCUCAGUGUUGCACAAGACUGUAUAAUGUUCAGGACGUUCGGAGUUCUGCGCAGCUUUGGAGAUCGUCCCGGGUCGUCCGAUGGAAAAGUACCGACAUCGAGUACUGGACAUGGAAAAAUAAGUGUGAAGUUGUUCUCCCCGUGAAAACUACUCUACGUUACAGGAACCACCGUGACCAGUGAUAUCCUGUUGUACCUUUGGCCUGGAUAGCUAACUCUGAAAUCAGAUUGUAAAUAUUAGUUUUUAGCUUUGAGCUUACGCAGAGAUUGAGGUUUUCACAUGAAUUGAAGUUAACGAACAAAGAUAACCUCUGAACGUUUCCAUAAAAUCAUUUUCGUUGUAUUCAUGUUUCGCGCGUGUGUACUGUUGAUAUUGAAUUCAUGAAAAUUAUUAAUUCGAGGAUCAAAUACUCUGAUGAUUUUUAAAUGAUUUUUAACGAUCAAAAACAUUUUGUUUCUAGUGUACAGGAAGAAAGUUUAAAUCAGUUUCAAAUCAAGAAAUAUGAAUUUACUAAGGAAAAUGACUUUCGGAGCAGAUAGAUUCUUCAUAGUUGCAAGGUUAUUCUCAUUUGGUUAUAGAGUUAGCUUUCAAAGUAAUGCGGUAAACUCUGCAUAGUCGGUGAGUAGCUUCUGCAACGUAAUUACUACGAAGAAAGAUUUAAUUUUUCCAUUUCUCAAAUAAAUGAGAUGUAUCAAAGCUUCCGGAGGAUGUGAUGAUACGCAGACGAAUACAGGUUAGCGACCGAUUAGAAUUAGCUGUUGAAAUAUGAGUUUGCUACAGUUUAUUCGACGUUGAUUUGCUUUAUUCUGUUUCGUUGGCAAUUGAAACGAACUUCCAGAAUUCAGGCUCAUCCUCGCAAUUAUUUAUAUUAAUACAAGAAAAGAAAGCUUUCGUUGAAGUUACUCUGCACAAUUUUCAACGUGUUGAAUGAAAACAGGUAGAAGGAAGGUGAGCAAGGAAGUUAUGAAACAUACUUCAAAAUCCCGACUAAAUUAUUAGUCUUUUUUUUUCUAAUAGCCUGGAAGACAAGCGUCUUGAAAGCUUUAAUAUUAAAUUUAUCUUUGCCUAGAAUAGGCUUACAAAUGAACCUCUAAGUGGGACGUGUAAACUUCGAAUAAAUAUUAUGUACCUAUUAACGUCUUAGCGCCACUCCAAGAUGGCCCCGAUUAAAGCUUUGUUAUCAAAAAUAAAAAUAAAAAGCUUUGUCGUCUGAAAAAAUUAAAAAUCUAAAUAAUCAUAUCGAUAACGGACCUAGUCCGAUCAGAUUACUGAUAAUUAUUUGUUAGUCGAAGGUAUUAUAUAAUAAAUAAGCAUUAAAUGAUCGGAGGGAUACAAAGCGUGUAUAAAUGUGAUAGCUGUUUAUUUAUUUGAACAAAUGUAAAAAUAGACAUUAGAUACAUAAUAAUUGGUAAUUAAUUAAUUGAAGAAUUUAUAAUAUACUGUAAUUAAUUAAGUACUGUACUAUUUUAGUACAGGUUUGUAAGUAUGGCUUGUUGAGUAGCCAAAUGACAGAAUAUUCGCUCCCUAUUACCCUAUGUAUAUUAAUUAAUUAUCUGCAUUACAUACGUUUAUGUAUGCAUGUGUAUGUUCUUAUUUACCAAUAUACAUAAAUAUUUAUAUAUACAUAAUAUGAAUGUAUAAAAUGGAAAUAAUACUCAUGUAUAAUGUAUACAUAUAUUCUAUAUACAUGCAAACAUACGCGCUCGUCGCCACCGGAUGUUUAAAAGAAUGCAUAUGUAAUUUGACAAAUUGACAAUAUACCCGUGUGCGUUUGUAUAUACAUUUUUUUAAAUAUCAUCUAUCAAUUAUUCAUUUGUUCGUGUGCGUUAUAGAAAUUUCAUUAUUCGAUAAAUACUUGAAAGACAAAAAAGAUAUUGAAGGAUCUGUAGGGUUUUCAGAGUGAACAUUUAAUUCACUUUGAAAAGGACUCAAGUUUUAUUUUAUUUAUUUUUAUUUGUAAUUUUAUUUUAUUUGUUUUUGUUUAUUUUCUACAAAGCUAUUAUGAAUCUAAACGGUAUGAGUCUUGUAUGAUUCCUUUCCUUAAAAAGUAGAUAUCGAUGAUUGUAUAGAUACUGAUCCGUCAUAUACAGGCAUUUAGAAAGUGAAUUUUUACUUGAAAAAGAAAAAAGUAGAAAAAAUAAAAAUGAAGAGCCAUAAUUGAUUGAAAAUAAUACUAAAUCAGACAUCGAAAACGCCUUAUACUGUGACAAGUUAAAACCUAAUUGAAUAACAGGAUCAUAUAAAUAUAAAAAUAAAAUGAAAAUGAAUAAAUAAAAAUACCUAAUCAAAAACUGGAUAAAGUUCUUAGAUUUUUUAACGUUCACACUUUUCUAGGAGAUGAUUAUUAUUGUCGUUAUAGUUUUGAUUUUUAAACGGCGGUUUAGAAGUCAGAUUAUAACCGAAUAAUGAUGAUAAUAGAGACAAUGGACUAGGGGUACCAAUCGACUCAUAAUUAUUUGCCCGUCCCAAAUGAACUGCACCAAUUUAAUCUAUAACUUAAAAUUUUUCUAUUCGUACUGUAUACCGAGAAAAACCAACACAAAAUCAAAAAAUCCUAUAUGAUAAUAAUAUCGUGACCAUAUAAAUAAUAUGAAAUUAUAGUGGUAUGCCAGUUGAUUUUUUGGUGUGCACAUCACUUAAAAAUUGUAUGUAAUAUUUUUUCUGUUUCAAUUGGAAUGAACCAAGAACAAAGAGACCGAAAAAAUUGAAAUAAUGUAUAUAGACUUGUCACUCUUUCCAAUUUUUAGAUUUUACUAUUGCCAGAAAUGGUACGUGAAUAUUUUUUUCCAUUUGCUCGAAAACACGAAAAUAC